AUGAGGGUUGAGACCUCUUCUGGUGUGGCCCAGUGCUUAGGAUAUAUGGAUGAGUCUGAAAUCACAUAUGUGCUAUUGGCGAAAUCUAACUCGCUCAAAGGGAUGGUGCUUAGGCUGCGAAAGGACCAACACAGACAAGAUUGUACUGUGUAUGGAAUGAGCGCCGACGGUGAAACCUUUUGGUUCCUAAAGAUCAAUAAUGAUUCCCAGUGGUCGCAGCACAUUGUGAACAUAUACAACGAGAACUACGAACAGGUAUUUGGGUUGCUCGAGUAUUUCCUCCGUAAAGCUUCACUAAUGUCGUCCUCGCAUUCCAAGGAAUCAUCGAACCAGGUCCAUGAAAAGGAAGGAUCAGGAAGCUCUGCACGCACGAUCUACUUGCCAGAAGACGAGGAUAUAGCGAUGGAACUUACCAGACAUCCAGACAACUAG